ACCAGUCAGAACUGGACGGGGCUCUGAGCAAAGGCGGGAGGCGGAGCUAAGGUACAGGACUUGCUUGCGAGGUACAUGCUGGGUAGUGGCCCCCGGGCAUGCUCCGUUGGGCCUCCGCCAGGAGACUCCCCUAUAGGGGGCUCAGCCUUUUCAGAACCAGCAUCUCCAGGGUUCAUGUCACACCCAGCAGCAGCGGCCAAGGCGGUGCCGAGCCGAGGCCGGUGCCGCUUUCCUACAAGCUUCUGGACGGGGAGGCGGCCCUGCCGGCCCUCGUCUUUCUGCACGGGCUCUUCGGCUGCAAAACCAACUUUAAUUCUAUCGCCAAAGCUCUGGCCCAGCAGACAGGCCGGAGGGUGCUGACAGUGGAUGCUCGGAACCAUGGUGACAGCCCCCACAGCCCAGACAUGAGCUAUGAAGCCAUGAGCCAGGACCUGCAGGACCUCCUGCCCCAGCUGGGCCUAGUUCCCUGUGUCCUCAUUGGCCACAGCAUGGGAGGCAAGACAGCCAUGCUGCUGGCACUACAGAGGCCAGAGCUGGUGGAACGUCUGAUUGCUGUGGACAUCAGCCCAGUGGAGACCACAUCCAGCUCGGACUUUCCAACCUACAUGGCAGCCAUGAAGGCCAUAGACAUCCCAGUUGAGGUGUCCCGCUCCUGUGCCCGCAAACUAGCCAAUGAACAGCUCAGCCUUGUUAUCCAGGACAUUGCCGUCCGGCAGUUCCUGCUCACCAACCUGGUGGAGGCAGGUGACCGCUUUGUUUGGAGGGUGAACCUGGAUGCCUUGGCCCAGCACGUGGACAAGAUCUUGGCCUUCCCAUUAUGCCAAGAAUCCUACCGUGGGCCUACCCUCUUCCUCCUUGGUGGAAACUCUGAAUUCGUACAUCCCAGCCACUACCCCGAGAUUAGACGACUCUUCCCUCGGGCCCAGAUGCAGACUGUGCCUAACGCUGGCCACUGGAUCCACGCCGACCGCCCGCAGGACUUCAUGGCUGCCAUCCGAGGCUUUCUGACCUGAGUUGCUGGCCAGAAGGGGCAUGUUUGAAACCCCAGGCUUCAAGACCCUGUGGCCUGCUCCAUGUUUCUGCACAGAAGGACUCAGGCAGGCACUGAGAGGGCAUGAGUGUGUAAAGGUGGUCAGACCACAAGCUUUAAUAAAUAAAGACACUGCUCUCAA